UUGUGUCACGUGAUUUCUAUAGUCCCCAUCCAAAAUGGCGCGUAGACGUCUGAUGUGGGCAGUUCUCUCCUUCCUGGUCCUAUCCGUCCUCUUUUGGGUCUCCUCCAUCAUCAUCAGCGACAAAAAGGAGUCCAUUACCAGACACAUAUCCACUCUCGGGCAGACGGCAAGCCGGAAGUACGUAUCAUCGCAGAUAUGGAAGAAAGGCGAGGGUGUUUUCCCGAUUCGGAAACUGGGCUGUAGUCCUCAAAACAACAUCGUCUUUAUCAAGACCCACAAGACAGCCAGCAGCACCACUUCUGGCAUCUUUGACCAUUACGCGUACUUGAACAACCUGACGGUGGCUGUACCUCCUGAUGGCGCCCCUUACAUGGACCGCAAGGAACUCUUUCGAAGGGACAUGGUGGCAGAAACUAGGGACGUUGGCGUCGGCUGGAAGAAAGAGGACGGCUUUAACAUGCUAACAGCUCAUGCACGGUACCACCGACCGGAAAUGGACGCUGUGGUGCACAACGCCAAAUACAUCACGAUUCUCCGAGAUCCUCGAGCUCAGUUCGUGUCUUCGUUUGUGUUCUUUAACUUUGUUGAUCGCUUUGAGCGAAUCUUUAAAUCUCGCGGCGAGAAGUACCCGACUGUCGUUGAAGGAUUCAUGAAGGCUCCCAGGGAGAAUUACCAGUUAAUGAGCCAUCGUCAGUACUCACAGGUUCUCUGGAACCAGCAGAUGUUUGAUCUGGGUCUCGACACCGCUUACUUCUCCAACCCUGACGUCAUUGAGGAGACGAUAUCAAGGCUAGAUUCAGAGCUAGAUUUUGUGAUGAUUACCGAGUACUACGACGAAUCACUUUUAAUCCUGAAGGACAUCUUAUGCUGGGAGAUGGACGACAUCCUCUACACACAAAGACUCGUGAGGAACUCUUCAAAUGAGUUAGAAAUUGAUAGCUACACUAAGGUCGCCAUUAACCAAUGGAACGCAGCCGACACGCGGUUAUAUGAUUAUUUCAAUAAAACAUUGUGGCAGCGCAUAGCGGCCUAUGGAACAAAGUUCCAGGACGAUCUCAAUACGUUCCGUCGUAAACUAGCUGUGACGUCAUCGAAAAAGACUGGAAAACAUUCACGGGACACCAAGAAAAUAAUUAAACGAAUGAAAGACAGGGGUAUACUUAUUAGAUAGUACAAGUUGAUUAUUCCGAGUCAUUUUAUUCCAAACUUAUACGCCAUUACCCAUAGAGCGACCAUGGCAGGUAAUUUGGCAUAAUUUCUUGCUUCAAGACUAUACGCUAAGUCUGUUAAACACUCUUAAAGGGGAAUCAAACCCAAAUGAAAAGUUUUUAAGAGGAAAAAGAAAAAUCGACAAGUUGAUACGUGAAAGUUUGAACAAUAUCGGAAAAUUUUAAAGGUUGUAAAAGUCGGUAAUCACUACAUCCAUGGAGACCUCAAAUUGGCCGCACUUGCGAUGCCAUUGUGAUGUAAGGCAAGGACUACCCUUCCAAUUACUCCCAUAUAGCAUGACAUUAUUUUUUUCUUUCAUGAGGACAUAGAGCAAUAUGCUACCUGAGUUAUAUUUCGACUACUGCCCCACAUGCAGGGAAAAGGUACUUGGGAGGAAAUCACAAAUCCUGAUAAUUAUAGGACAAGUCCACCCCAACAAAAAAUUAUUUAAAUAAAACGAGAAAAAUCAAACAAGCAUAACACUGUAAACUUCAUCAAAAUCCGAUGUAAAAUAUGAAAGUUAUGAUAUUUUGCAGAUUCGCUUAAUUUCACAAAGGACUUAUAUGCACAUCCUGGUCUGUAUGCAAAUGAGGGGACUGAUGACAUCACUAUUUCAUUUGUGAAAUAUUCAAGUUUUCACCUCAUUGUCCCGAGAAACAUUAUUUCAUUCCUUCUUGAACUUGUGGAAUUACCAUAUGGUUAUGUGAAGUUGGUCCUUAAAGUCGAACCAGGGAGUUGGGAGAGAUGGUCAAACCUGUGAAAAAUGAAAUAUUGUAUAAUUCAAACAAUAAAAAAUAAAAGAAAUAGUGAGUGAGGGGCAUCAUCGACUCUCUUAUUUGAUUAUCACUGAGUUGUGCAUAUAGCUGUGUUGUGAAACAUAAGCGAAUAUUUAAGAUGUCAUAACUUUAUUUUACAUCCGAUUUUGAUGAAAUUUUCAGCGUUAUGCUUGCUUGAUUUUUCUCUGUCAAAUCAACAUUUUUGGGGUGAACUUGACCUAUAAGUACAUAGCCUAUGGAAAAGUUAUCAUUGCCUCUUGUAAUAAUUUUCUCACCCAGUUACUUAUACAUAAUCUCGGGGAUCUCAAUCUUAAAGCAGCCAUAGCUUUCUUAUUGCUUGUCCGAUUUCUUUCAAACUUUCACAGUUGUUUUUUCUUAUUUUUCUCUUUUGCAACACAACAUUUCAAUGACCAAGGAUGGAUUCCCCUUUGAACAGUCUUUGAGGUUUUGUCUUAGCAUGGACCUACUUUGCUAGUAGGUCCAUUGUCUUAGUCAUGACCAGAGCGCCGUUGUAUUAUGGUAACUUAGCCAUCCAAUGAUAACUUCUAUGGAAUCUUUGAUUUUGAUUGGCUCUUAUACAUUGUAAUAACAGCAAAAAUACUACUCUUAAUUCAACUCAGAAUAUUCAUUAGAUUUAGAUUAUAGGAUUAAAUGCUAUGUAUCUUUGAAAUAGGUUAAAACUUGAAAAUUAAAUCAGAGAGAUUUAGAAACUAAUCACAUUCGCUUUGACAGAUAAACACUUCCUAAAUAAAAUUUUGAAAAAAGGUAAGUUCCACUGGCUUCGAUUAAACUGAUGAUAGUUUAUGUCGAAAGGUUUUCGACAAAAAUGUAUCGGUUUGUGUUCCUUCUCUUAUUGACUAUCUUAGAAACUGAUUUAAAUAUUAAUUUAUACAUUAAAUGUAUUAGUUAAUUUUUAAAUCAGUUACAUUUGGUCGUGCUCGAGAGAGAGUACCGGUAACAAAAACGUUCAACAAGCGAUGUUGUUUUAUCCAUUACCAAGCCUAGUUGCACAUAUCCUGUUAGCUGCUGUCGUACCUGGACGUUUUAUAUAUGUUUUUUCUUGAUAUUUCUAGUUAACAGGAAUUGCCACAUGUUUAAUAACAAACUAAACAAAAUUCGAUAUCAAGAAUUGAAUUAUUAUUGAACUGAAAGAAAUAUAUGAUCGAUGUUGCGAACUGUGGCUGCAACAUCGUGGUAUGAUGGUCCUUUAAAGGGACAUCAGCCCUCCUAAAUUAGAAGUGUUAAAUGAUAUCAUGGACCUACUACAUGUCCAUGAUGAUAUCAAUCCAUCUCUAGAUAUUCGUCGAAGAUCAAUUUCUGCCUAAAAGUGAUUUUAUUAUGCUUAAAAUGAAUAUAUACUGAAAUAAACGAAAAUCAAAUGUGCAUACUAUUAUGAACGCUAAAAAGUUACGAUUAUGCUUUCAUUGUAAUUCUCGACCAUGCAUGACGUGACUGGGUAUUUUUUCUAAUAAAGCUAGUAAGUAAUAUUGUGGACCUACUGAAAGAUAUUUUGCACAUCCUACCAUUGCACAGUUUAAUGUUGGGGAUUCACUGUCUGUGUUUUGUACGUUUAUUAUAUGUGUAGAUGUUAACACAAUGUUGCCUAUUGCCAAAUUACUGUCUCUUGUGCAGAUUAUUGUAAAAUCAAAGUUUUAAUGAACGUAAUCGCUAUAUUUGUCAAAUUAUACUAAGUGAUAUUACCAGGUUACUGCUUUCGUCUCAUGGGAUGACAUGGAGUACCAUAAAAGUUACUGAAAUCAUAAAUUGUCUAUUGUUAAUGUGUUCUUGUGUUUUCACAUAUUUAUAUGUGACUAAUUAUAGUUUGUUGGCUGUAGAAAUAUAUUGUAGUCGCGUGGCACGAAAAUGUAUCUAUAUUUUUGUUAAAAAGAAAACGCACAAUACUUCUGAAAUGACAAGACAUCCAUAUUCAUCAAAGACUAUGUUAAUGUGAGAUCGAACCCACUCAUAUUCGGACUCCUUUUUAAAUUUCUGAUUUAUUUAUUUGAAAAUGUAUGUUAUUUAUUAUCUACUUAUACACUCUUGGUUGGUUUCUUCCAUUUUACAUAUACGUGCAUAUUUGUUCAUUCUUAUCAACUCGUAAUAGGAACAUCUCAUUCUUUUUUAUUUGUUUUCAAAUCAAUUUCUGCUUGUUAUCAUGGUAUUCCAGUGUAUUUGGACAUUAUAUCCCGGGUGUUUACAGGGUGAUUCAUAAAAAAAGAACUUUACAAACAAAAUAAUGGAAAUGUUACUCUCAAAUUUAAGACAAUGACGGUUAUGCAACUAAAAAAAAUAUCUUGCCUGUUAUACGUUACCGCAUUCCUUCAGUACGCUACCGCACUCCUAAGUGCCCUACCGCACCGCAUUCCUGCAGUACGCUACCGCACUCCUAAGUGCCCUUUUCACAUUAUCAUUCAGUCAAAUCCACUUCUGUUCCGUUCGCGCUCAAUUUGAUUUGGGUUAUUUUCAGAACCAUGCACGUCCAUUGCUUUGCUAAGACGUUUUCCGCGUAGAGUCGUUCAGUGCUGCGAGGGUAAAGCGCUUCCGUUUUCAAUGACGGAUGUUUCUUGUGCCGUUGGUUCUGACAGCGUUUCCGUCCGUUUUGAUUUUUAUGACACGUUGAUUCACCCCGACAAAACAGUCGUACAAAAUUAUAUGAAUGUAUUUUUAUAUGCCUUGGUUCCCGUGAUGUUAUAAUUAUUAUGAUCCCGGAUUCUUUGAAAAUUCAUCUAAACACACAGCAACGUUGCCAAAUCACAUGUCAUUGUGCCAUACGUGUUAAAGAAAGUAAUUUCGUAACUUUUUUUUACUCAUGAUUGCUUCCUCUUUAAUUAGAUAUUUUCACUUAUUCGUUGCGUAUUUUAUCGUAUCAAUAUUAUGUUAUGCUUCCUCUGUCCUGAAUGACAGACUUGUUUUAAUCGAUGUUUGUUGACAUUCCUGAGACGGGAAAAUUACCAGAGAUAACCAGUGUGUUUGUCAAUUAUAUUAAAAUACGUUUCAAAUUAGAGCUACGUUUGUAUGCAAAAUAGAGUCUGUUAUACAAUUUUUGCAAUAGUAACGUGUGUGUUAAAGGUCUCGGAUGUAGAAAAUCGCAGUUUACUCAACAUUCUUGCAGCAUUUUUUUAUCUCUUCUAUAUGGGACCGUCACGUUACCUUAAGGUUUGCAUGAAGACUCCUUUGAAAGAACGAAUUUGAUUGGACAAUGUUCAGCAUUAUAAAGCAUAAGUUUGCAACAAUCACCUUGAUUGGUCAACAGCACGCUGUUGCAAUAACUGCAACCUUUAAUGUCAUGUGAACCACCAAUUGUUUUCGAUUACAGUAUGCAGUUCUUAUUUAUUUUGGAUGUUUAUGUCUUAAUGUUUCCUUGUUUAUUGGGCUAAUGAAAUUUUCUUGUAUAAGAUGCGCGUAAAUAUUGAAUUUGUUGCUGCUUUUCGCGAAGUCUUCUUUUUAUGUUAGGAUGAAAUUACCGCGGUAUUAAAACUUAUCAUACAAGAUGCAAAACCAAAGCAUUUAAUAAAAGUCUAAUAAAACUUUAUAUUCUCUAAAAAUAACAACUUUCCUUUUCCCGUGCCAUACAGCACCUCAGAAUAUUUACUCCUUCUCAGAAAUAUUACCAAUUUAAGAGUGUAUGGCUUGUUCAACAACUCAUUCCCCCUUUUUGUUUACCGUGUAUCAAUCCUAUUUUAGCGUAAUCAAAUUAUUCUUAUCUGAUUUUUUUUCACGUGACAACUCAAUUUUUAAUCUUGACAUAGCUAUCAAUGAAAAAUGUUUAUUUUGUUAAAAAUGUGUCGUUGAUGAUUAUCAAAUUUUCAAAGAAAGCAGAAAUGUAACUAUUAAUAUGCAAGUACGCAAUAAAGCUCAAUCAAUCACAUGCUAUUAAAUCGCAAA